CGAUCGUCUCCCGCGCUGUUCAAAACAAAUCCGGUCCGGUGGAAAAGCGAGUUGCGUCCCGUCAAAUGACACACACAGUGAGUGGACUCAGAACGUGACGGCUUAAAGUUGGUGAGAAGUGUUCAGCCUUCUACGAGCGGAAGAUUUCGACCACCGGCUGGGCCAAGGAAUCCGCUCAACAUUUCAUUAUGUUGAGGCUGUUGCCGGUGCUACUGGCGGCGAACCUCUUGGUUCUCGGUCGCACUCAAGGUACCGCGGAUGAAGAGGAGACCGUCCGGAUCUCCCCCGAUGGACAACAGAACCAACCAGCCGGUGAAAGUUUCGGUUUGUACUGCAAGAAAGGCCUGGGAAGCGGCUCCUACAGUAACUUCCGAUGGAUCGGACCUCAGAAACAAGAAUACACGUCAAACAAUUCGGCAGCGAUUUACACUUUUGAAUCGGAUGCUGGAUUCAUUCUCACUUUUGAAAGACCCACUCCAGAAAAUUCUGGGACUUACACGUGUAAGGCCUUGUACGCGAACACGAAAACUGUGCAAGCCGAGGUGAAAGUAUCAUUUUUUCACGACAUCACGUUCGACGAUUGCCCCCUGGUUCAAAAUCUUGUGAAAGGCCGCGACGGCGUAAUACGCUGCAACGUUCACGGGAACCCGGUGCCCAGGCUCCAUUGGACGAAAUUCAAUAAACCCGCGAUCGGUCCUCGAUACAGUUUACAGGGAAGCCACUUGAGUGUGCAACGGGUGGAGGAGAACGACGCGGGGAAAUAUCGAGUCACGGCGUCCGUGGAGGCCACGGGAAAAAUAAAAAAGGAGAUCAUUACGGUCAACGUGAUAACCGUCCCGGAAAUCCUCGGCCUCGAGUCGGAUCCGAUAAACGAAAAUGAGCUCCGCACUGUUCUGUGUCCGGCUUCGGGCAUACCUCCCCCGUUAUGCUACUGGACGGAUUUCAGGGGGCGGAACCUUUCCCUCAUCCCGGAAUUCAAAGUGAACCCGCAGGCGUGUACGCUGGAUUUCCUUCGAGCAACGAGAAGUCAGGAUGGACAAUACACUUGUCACGCGGUGAAUUCAGCCGGAGUUGCGACUUCGUCAACCCAGAUUUCGGUCAAUAUUCCACCGAGGAUAGUGGAGUUCAAGAACAUGACCGUCGAUGAAAACGGCGUAUCCGACUUCUACUGCGUAGUCGAGGGCAAACCCGCCCCGGAUAUUUCGGUUCGCAAGGAGGGUGACGCUUCAAAUCUCGAGUCCGAUCGCGCCUUCACAUUCAGUCGCUCCCAGAGAGACUUCACAACGAUCCUCCACGCGAGACUCGAUAACACGCGGAAGGAGCGCGCAGGUCUCUACUACUGCCGAGCGGAGACCAGAGGGUUCCACGUCGAGAAAGUCGGUCAUCUCAGCGUGAUGUUCGCACCGGUGCUGACUCCGAAAGAGAACCCGGUUUACGCUUGGCAGAAUCGAGACGCCGUCCUAACCUGUCACAUAAGUGCCAUCCCUAAUGCGACCAUCGAAUGGAGGGACUCCCAGGGCUUGAAAGUCCAGAAUCCUGAUUAUUACAGAAUAGAGAACUCGGUAGGCGUAUCGGUGCUCUAUGUGAACGAUCAGGCGAACCGAUACGACCGGGAGUUCGCUUGCGUGGCGACAAACUCGAUUGGGGAGAGUACACUCGUGUUCCAGGUGCUGGAAGCCCGCAGACCGAGCAGCCCCGGUCUACCGAAGUUGGUGCACGCUUCCGCGACGACCAUUUCUUUCGUUUUCGAAAAAUUAAUCCAGAACGGUGGGAUGCCGAUCAUAGAAUACGCCGUCAAGUACUGGCGGCGGAAUCCUCCUCAGCCUCAGAGCGAAUUAGAAACGAAAACGUUCGGGGAUAUGAUCGGAAAGCAAAUCACAAUCGGGAAACUUAUGCCGCGCGCCGAGUACUCGUUCGUGUUCAGUGCUCGGUCGGAGGUCGGCGAGGGCCCACCGUCAAGGGAAUGGAUCGUCAACACGACCCGGGAAUCGCCCCCUGAACGACCUGUUAUAACCAGCCAUUUUCUCGGCAGUGUUCCGAAUAGUCGCGUCCUCGUUGAAUGGACCAUUCCUCUGGAUAACGGGAAACCGAUCGAAUUCUUCAGAGUGUCUUAUCAACAAGUUGAAAGAGUAUCACCGGUGGAAGUGCGCGGAAUCGGCUACAAGAAAUCGAUGGAUGUCCGCUUGUGGACGGGUACGGCAUCGAUAGAGCUCUUCGACUUGAAGGCGGACGCCCUCUACCAAAUCAGUGUUGAAGCUUUCAAUUCGAUGGGUUUCGGUGACCCAGCGGUCACCCUGUUGCAAACGGCGCCGGACCUCCGUUACAUCGGCUUCCCAGAAAACUCAACCGACACCCUCCGGAGCAGCAUCGGUACACCUUUGCUGAUCACCAUCGUCGCUUUGGCUUGCCUUGUGGUUCUGGUGGUCGUGGACGUUUUGUGCUAUUUCCAUUUCCGUAUGGGAUUGCUAUACGCUCUUCGUCACUUGAUCUGUGCCAAGCCUUCGCAAGGCGUUUACAGCAAAACGAAUUCGAGUCCGAGUUAAUCCGAAAGCCGUAAUCGCUUCGGCUUCAAACUGAGCGAAGCCUUACCAAAAUGUAUUAUAAAUCUAGUUCCUUGCUUACUGUGACAGUUCCGGAGCGUGACAUAAACGGAGGUAGCAAUACAUCACGAGGAUUGGUGAAACGCUCAGGAAUUCGGUGGGGAGUCCACAACGGCCAAAAACACGAUUCCAGCACGCACAAAAGCUGCGGAAAGCCAAAUAAGUCAUCGAUGUCACGCUUGCCUUGAAUGGUCGCUACCUUAGGCUGGUCAGACGAAUUGACCGAGAUGAAAACGACUGGAUCUCUCAACCUCGAUUCGCGUAUCUCAAACUUGAGGAAGGAAUCAUCACUUGCUCGACGGAGGAAUUAUUGAGCUCUGUGUAACCGGAGAGCCACUCUCAAUUUUGGUUGUGUGAAGCCAUUCGCAAGGCAAUGUACCUACUUAGGCGUAUAUUCAUAGCGGUGUAAUAAUAGUGACUUAAUUUAAUUACCGGAACGAAUCAAAGUGCUGCUGAUCUAUUCAGUCAUCAACACCUGUUGCAACGAGCACCUGCUAGUGGCAGACAAGUUCGGGGAUAUCGCUGGACUAAGAUUCUACAGUGUUUUCAACCAAUACGGCGACGCCCGAAAUUCUUCGCAUUCGGGGACGGCAUAUCGAGACGGGACGAGGCCUUGUCGAGGUAUUUCUAAUUAUUGGAAGACGUUUCAUCGAGCGCGGGAGUUCAGGAUAUUGUUCAUAUAUGCAUGUGGAACGGAAUACGGAGUGCCGAAUUCCGGACACAGAGC